UCUGUGGUUUUCAUCAGCUUGCUUUGGAUACGAGGAGAGUCAGCACUCUUUUGUUGCUCUGACGCUGGGCUUCGUUUGCUAAAGGUCACGUGACUGGAAUGCACGACCGUGAUUGGCCGUGACGUGACCACCCGCAGCAUGACGUCACUUCCUCCCCCGUGGCGACUCGGCGUCACUCUCCUCGCCACGAUAGUGUUGUUUGGCGGCGUGGCAGCAGCCCUGGAGCUUCUCACGGUGGAGGUCCCGGAUUAUGCUAUAAAGGGGGACUCUGCCAAGAUCUUCUGCAGCUACUCACUCGACGAUGAUGCCUCUCUCUACAGCCUCAAAUGGUACAAGGGCGACCACCAGUUCUACCAGUACAUCCCCGCCAACGUACAGUCCAAGAACACCUUUUUCCUGCCCGGUAUUGACGUUGAUAUGGCACGCAGCAACGCUGGGUCUGUGGUGUUGAGGAAUCUGGGCUUCCUGUCUUCGGGGACCUACAGGUGUGAGGUGAUCGCCGAGGCACCGGUCUUCCACACCAAGCUUGGGGAAGGCAACCUGACUGUCAUAGACCCUCCAGAGAGCGCCCCGGUGCUGGAGGGGGCCCGGCCGUCUUACCACGUCGGGGAGCGAGUGACUAUGAACUGCACGUCCUCCUCCUCGUGGCCCGCUGCCGAGCUGGAGUGGUAUGUCAACGAUCAGCUGGUGACAGACCCAUUCCACCUACGUGACUACGAGGCCCUGGAGGGGCCUGACGGGCUGGAGACGGCCGUGCUGGGUCUGUCCUUCCCUACCACCCCGCGACACUUCCAGCAGGGCGUCAUGCGGCUCAAGUGCGUAGCCAGGAUCGCCGAUAUUUACUUCCAGUCCCAAGAAACCUCGGUGGUGGAAGCCUCGAGUCGCCUGCCACACACGCUGGCCGAGGGACGCCGGCACAUCCAUCUGGGCAGUGGCGGGCGGUCAGGCGGCGGGAACCCUGACAUGAUGCUCUUCAGUCUGGCUUUGUCCCUCACCACCCUCAUCACCUUGCUCCUCCCUCUGCCUCUCUCCCUGACCCUCACCACACCGGCAGCCCACCGCACAACCUUUCCCGUUCACUGCGCUUUGUAAACUAAGCCCAAUUGACGGUGUUCUCUUGUAUAUAUAAUGAAUACUUGACAGAGGGGAUGAGAGGAAGGUGUGAGUGUCAUGAGGGUAAUGCUUUCUGCUCAAUACAAGAUUUCACAAGCAUCAAAUAACGAGAAGUAACGUCUGUACUUCUGUAUAUCCGUAGUAGUGAUGACUUUUUAUAAGCAGCCCCCCCCCCUCACACAUACACACACACAAACAGGCCGGUGGCCGAGUGGUCAGUGUGUGGGCAUGGUAAGCCCGAAGACCUAGGUUCUAGUCCCACCGAAGUACGCUGACGAUUUUCAACCAUCGCCAAGUGGCGGAACAUUACCUACAUGCUGCGUGAUCUUCAAUGAACCCUUACUACAGCGACUUCGUUCAAGUGGAACACUGGGGGGCAGCAUGGGCCAGGCACGAGUUAUACAUCACGGCAGCCACUAUAAAUAAAAUUUACCUGCGUCACUAACUGGAUAGAGUUGUACAAGAGGUCCCUCAAAAGAACCUACAGGCGCUAUAGGCAGCACCUACACACACACACACACACACACACACACACACACACACACACACACACACACACACACACACACACACUUCAAGAGGACAUUCAGAGAAAAGAGAAAAGGAAACACUCACUAACAGGAUCAAGACAUCUGCAUUCCCCAUGCCCAGCAAGAUCAGCAACCACUCAGCCUCACAACUCAGCCCUGGCUCAGCACAAGCGAAGACGACGCUGAAAGCUAAACGAGAAGAAUGGGAGUCACCAUAAACUCACCACACAGUCCAGCGAACAACAAAGCCUCAGAACACACCCAACAGCCAUCCAGUCAGUAAGUCAGACAAGCACUCGAAGAACUGGAAAACGAGAGCAAUAAUGAGGAAAUCUACGACAAAAGUAGGUUAGUGUUUGGCGAAUUAGUUAUUUUCAGUGUGUAUUUUGACAGUAAGAGGAGGCAGACCUAAGGCUAUGUAAAAAAAUGAGAAUGGGAAAAGGUAGCCUGAAAGAUUGCGCCUCAAGACUAUAAAACGACAAGAGAUGCUAAAACAGAAAGGGAGAAGCUAGAGUGUGUCCCCGGAACUCAGCUGAAAAUAGACAGACGUGUAAAAAAUAAUCAUAAAUCAUUCUUAAAUCACAUGAUCCACAUAUUGCUUUCUUGGAAUUGUG